AUGGACACCACCACCUCUAUAAAGAUGACCACUAUGGCCAUCCAGAACCUCUUCAGCUAUGUAGAGGAAGAGAAUCUGGCUGCCCUCAAAGCACACCUCGAUAAGUUCAAAGAGGUAGACGGUCGCAGUGAUAAUGGACAAACGCCCCUGAUGUUGGCUGCAGAACAGGGCAGUCUAGAGAUAGUCCAAGAGCUCAUCAGAAGAGGUGCCAAUGUCAACCUGGACGAUGUGGACUGCUGGUCUGCUUUGAUCUCGGCGGCUAAGGAGGGGCAUGUGGAGGUGGUGAAAGAGCUGCUGGACAGCAGUGCUUAUAUUGAGCACAGAGACAUGGGGGGCUGGACUGCCCUUAUGUGGGCUGCAUAUAAAGGUAGAGUGGAAGUGACUAACGUUCUACUGGAGAAUGGGGCCAACCCCAACACAACAGGACAGUACAGCGUAUACCCCAUCAUCUGGGCUGCUGGUCGAGGUCAUGCUGAAAUUGUCAAACUUUUGCUGAAGCAUGGAGCCAAAGUCAACUGCUCUGAUAAGUAUGGCACCACUCCACUGAUCUGGGCUGCCAGGAAGGGCCACUAUGACUGUGUGAUGCACCUGCUGGAGAAUGGAGCUGAUGUUGACCAGGAAGGAGCAAAUUCCAUGACCGCCCUAAUUGUGGCUGUGAAAGGCGGCUAUACUGAAGUUGUGAAGGAGCUUCUAAAGAGAAACCCCAAUGUGAACAUGACCGAUAAGGAUGGCAACACAGCCCUGAUGAUUGCAGCUAAGGAAGGCUACACUGAGAUAGUGCAAGACUUGCUGGAUGCAGGCACAUAUGUGAACAUCCCAGACAGGAGUGGUGAUACUGUACUGAUUGGUGCUGUGAGGGGUGGCCAUGUUGAGAUUGUGAGAGCCUUGUUGCAUAAGUAUGCUGACAUCGAUAUCAGAGGACAGGACAAUAAGACAGCUCUGUACUGGGCUGUAGAGAAGGGAAAUGCCACAAUGGUCAGAGACAUUCUCCAGUGUAACCCUGACACAGAGACCACCACUAAGGAUUCUGAGACUCCUCUGAUCAAAGCCACUAAAAUGAGAAACAUUGAAAUAGUGGAACUACUACUGGACAAAGGAGCAAAGGUGUCUGCUGUGGAUAAGAAAGGGGACACACCUCUCCAUAUUGCCAUUCGUGGGCGGAGCCGCAGACUGGCUGAGCUUCUCCUACGCAACCCUAAAGAUGGCCGGCUGCUUUACAGGCCCAAUAAGGCUGGAGAGACUCCAUACAACAUUGACUGUAGCCACCAGAAAAGCAUCCUCACUCAGAUCUUUGGAGCCCGACACCUGUCCCCCACUGAGUCGGAUGGGGAUAUGCUGGGAUACGACCUGUAUAGUAGUGCUCUGGCGGACAUCUUGAGUGAGCCCACCAUGCAGCCACCCAUCUGUGUGGGCCUGUACGCCCAAUGGGGCAGUGGCAAAUCAUUUCUGCUCAAAAAAUUAGAGGAUGAGAUGAAGACGUUUGCAGGGCAGCAGAUCGAGCCUUUGUUCCAAUUCUCUUGGUUGGUGGUGUUCCUGUCAUUAAUGCUUUGUGGCUCUGUGGCUCUUCUGCUUGGCUUCACUGUGGACCCCAAGCUGGCUAUUGCCGUCUCUCUCAGCCUACUGGCUCUGCUCUAUCUGUUCUUUGUGGUUGUGUACUUUGGGAGCAGGCGUGAGGGUGAGAGCUGGAACUGGGCCUGGGUUCUUAGCACCCGGCUUGCCCGCCACAUUGGCUACCUGGAACUACUACUGAAACUUAUGUUUGUAAACCCACCAGAGCUGCCUGAGCAGACCACGCGAGCACUGCCUGUCAGGUUCCUGUUCACAGACUAUAACAGGCUGUCCAGUGUGGGUGGAGAGACGUCAAUGGCUGAAAUGAUUGCUACGCUUUCAGAUGCCUGUGAGAGGGAGUUUGGCUUCAUGGCCUCUAGACUCUUCAGGGUCUUUAAGACGGAGGACACCCAAGGUAAAAAGAAAUGGAAGAAGACAUGCUGUAUCCCAUCCUUCGUCAUCUUCCUCUUCAUCCUGGGCUGCCUGAUCACAGGCAUGGCCUUGCUGGCCGUCUUCAAGGUGGAUGGCCAUAACCAGACAGUGAACGCAGUGCUAGUUGCCAUGGCGAGUGUAGUGGGCCUAGCUCUGCUACUGAACUGCCGCACCUGGUGGCAGGUGACAGACUCCGUUCUGAACUCCCAGAGAAAGAGGCUGCACAGCGCUGCCAACAAGAUGCACAAACUCAAAAGUGAAGGCUUCAUGAAGGUGCUUAAAAGUGAAGUAGAACUCAUGGCUAAAAUGGCAAAGACCAUUGACAGCUUCACCCAGAAUCAGACCCGUCUGGUGGUCAUCAUUGAUGGCCUGGACUCUUGCGAGCAGGACAAAGUUCUGCAGAUGCUGGAUACGGUGAGGGUGCUGUUCUCCAAAGGCCCCUUUAUCUCCAUCUUUGCCAGUGACCCUCACAUCAUCAUUAAGGCCAUCAACCAGAACCUGAACAGCGUGUUACGUGACUCCAACAUUAAUGGCCAUGACUACAUGCGCAACAUUGUGCACCUGCCCGUCUUCCUCAACAGCCGAGGCCUUAGCAGCGCUAAGAAGAUGUGUGCACCAGCCCCAGCCAAUGGAGAUACGGGCAACUCUGAGGGUUGGCAUGAGGAGCUGGACAGGAAGCUGUCCCAGCACAGUCUGGGUGAGACAGCUAAGUUCGGCAGCAAGACCACAUUGAAUCGGAGGGACACGUAUCGGCGUCGGCAGAUGCAGAGGUCAGUUACACGUCAAAUGUCCUUCGACCUGACCAAGCUUUUGGUCACUGAGGACUGGUUCAGUGAUAUCAGCCCUCAGACCAUGAGGAGACUGCUCAAUAUUGUGUCUGUCACAGGCCGCUUGCUGAGGGCCAAUCAGAUCACGUUUAACUGGGACAGACUGGCAUCCUGGAUCAACUUGACUGAGCAGUGGCCCUACCGAACGUCAUGGCUCAUCCUGUACCUAGAGGAGACAGAUGGAAUCCCUGACCAGGCCACACUCAAAACAAUCUAUGAAAGAAUUUCCAAGAACAUUCCCACCACUAAAGAUGUGGAGCCCUUGCUGGAGAUAGAUGGAGACGUGCGGAGUUUUGAGGUGUUCCUGUCUUCACGCACUCCAGUGCUGGCUGCUCGUGACAUCCGUACCUUCCUCCCCUGCACAGUCAACUUGGACCCCAAACUACGAGAGAUCAUAGCGGAUGUGCGUGCUGCUCGUGAGCAAAUGAACAUGGGUGGAGUCACCUAUCCUACACUACCCCUGCAUGAUGGUGCUCCCCGACCCACUUCCAUCUACAGCCAGCAGUCCUCGGCCUGCUCUCCCACCGCCUCCUACAACGGGCCAUACAACCCACCCGGUGUAUCCCCUCAGCCCCACAGUGCGUACUACAGUGGCAUGGCAGGCCCUCAGCACCCCUUCUACAACAGGCCUUAUUUCCCCCAUCAUGUUUACCUGCUGCCACGGCAGUACACUGGCAGCUCCCAUGCCCCCGCACCUCCACGCCCACUCAUUAAAGCAGGCUAUCCCAGGGACCCUAACACUGGAAUCUUUAAAGUAGCGUCUUUGAAAAAGAAGCAGGGCACUGCCUCUGUGGUGUCAGGCACCCCAUCUGUGCUGCUCAGCUCUAUGAACACAGAUACGGUGUGUGAGCGUCUCAAAGUAAUGGAAGGCAUCGACCAGAGCAUGCUAGCCCAGUACACUGCCACCAUCAAGAAGGCCAAUGUCAAUGGAAGAGUUCUAUCCCAAUGCAACCUGGAUGAGCUGAAGAAAGAGAUGAACAUGAACUUUGGAGACUGGCAGCUCUUCAGAGGAUCUGUCAUGGAGAUGCGUCAUGUGGAGAGCCAAGUCUUGCAUGAGGAGGCUCCUAGUGAGCAGGGCAGCAGCAUGGUUGGUCACGGAGAGCCUGUCAGGCAUCGUGGAGCUUCGGGCCAUGGAGGACCUGGUAAUACAGACACCUCACCCAUGUACAACUUCAACCUGAGUUUUGAAGAGCUCUCAAAUGUGGGCCUGGAUGAACAACCCAGGCAUGCCAACCCUCCAUGGAUGAGUACUACCCAUCGUACUCCCAGUAUGUCCAGCCUGAACUCUCAAGAGUCCUCCAAUGACAUCUGCAAGCUAACUGACAAGCAGCAGGCAGAGUACCGAAAUGCCUAUCAAGAGUACAUUGCCUCAAUGGCCCAGCUUGAAGCUGCAGGCAGUGGCGCAGAAAAGCCCGUGCAGCCCCAUCCAGGCCAGUUUAUGCAUUCCAACUCUGAAGACAAGAACAAGGACGGAGGAGAUCAAGACGGACGCAAAUCCUACUCAAAGCGCAGUAGUGGAAAGCCAGCAGUGGAUGCGGCUGAUUUUGCUGCAACUGAUGCUGCCACUUUAGACCCCAUCAGCGAGGAAGAUGAGAAGUUAGACCACGGCUCCUCCAAGUCGCUGCUCGGACGAAAGACCUCUGGCGAGAAGGUAGGGCUUUUCCAAAGCGCUGACCUGAAGCUGAAAGCUGCAGGUGGCCUGCGCUACCAGAAACUGACCAGCGACGAUGAAGAGUCAGAAGAGUCUGACAAUGCCCCUCUGCUCAAGGAUGGGAAGAAACCAGAGCCUAAACGCACAGAGAGUGAAGAGCGAUCUUUAGCAAAGGGCAAAGAGUACCUUUCAGAUGGAAUGCUGGACAAGAAGGACUCGUCUGACUCGGGCGUCCGCUCUAAUGAAAGCUCACCCAACCACUCCCUGCAAGAUGAGGAGGCUGACCUGUCGCAGUCCGAGAGGACGAAUCUGAUCGAGCUGGAUGAGGAGAGCCUUGCCCGCAAGAGAGGCCUGCCCAACAGCCUGAGUGGUCUUCAGGACCCGACAGUUGCACGCAUGUCUAUCUGCUCUGAGGAUCAGUGCAGCCUCUUGGCCAGCAGCCCUGAGGAAAGCUGGCCUUCCUCCAAAAACUAUAACCUCAACCGCACGCCCAGCAACACCACCCUCAACAACAAUACCAAUGCUCAACAGGGGAACCGCCCACGCCAACCUGGUGAUGGCUCCAACACCACCUCCUCCUCCAACACCACUGGCAGUGAGGUCAUUGUAGCUCCUGGUUCCAGCACCAACACCUCCUCCACAUCCACCACCCACAACGAGAACGUUCGUGUGGUGCACCUGAAGAGAGGCCUGAAUCCUGGAGACCCGCCAGAAAUUUGCGCCGUGACCUCCGACACGGUCACUUUUGGAGAAGAGCGUGAGAGCAUCCUGUGAGAAGCUGCACCUUGGUCCUAGCAGAGUCUCCACUCAAGCUUUGGAUGUUCGAUGUUGUUAUGUGAAGUGAUGCAUGCCCAGUUAAACGUCAUUCCAGUGGUUCAGUGAGGUCCAUGUAUUUCAGUGUUAAAUUAGUGCUAGUUUGCCCACUGUAGUUUACUGCCAGCAAUGCUGCCUACAUCUCCGUUUGUGAAAAGUGAUCCCCUGUCCAUGUUGUCACACAUGGAAUACAUCUACUGAUGUUCAAGUCAAAUUUCUUAUUUAAACUAUUCUUUUUUGUGAAAGUCCCAAUUCCUAUUAACAGUAUUACUGCUUCCGUUUCUUAUCCUUUUAAAUAUUUUGAAUUGACCACACUGGACAUAUGCUGUCCUGCCAAGUCAUAAAAGAACACCAUUAUUAUUGUGGGCUAUAAAUAUUGGCAUGUUAGUUGAACUAUUAUGAAUAUAUGAACGCUCAAGUUAAACUAAUACAUUGUCAACUGAUUGUUAUCUGGUCUUCAUGACUAUAACUGACAGUUUAUUUGAACCUAACCCUAAAGGAAAGCAUGGCUUAACCUUGUCCAAAAGUUUGAGCUGAAAUGAUCCAAACCCUUGUCAGAUCCUUGUGCUAACUGUUAAUGGUGAUGUGUUGUGCCAUGAUGAAUCGCGUCAGUUGCAUGUUAUCUGCACCCCCGUCAGUGUUAAACCGAGUUUCUUAAAUCUUGCACUCAGGACCAAAGUAACUAAUCAUGCUCUAAGGACCAAAUGACAUGACAAAGGGUAUUAAGAAAUAGUAUUCAAGACUACAUUUGUACUUGUAUGUCAUGCUGCAUCAGUCACAUACCUGGGUCCUGCUUUGGGUCCUGGCCAAUAAUUUAAGAAUCUCUGAAGUAGAAGAUUAGUAGCAGUGAGCAUGUAAAGCAGAGACAUGCAUGUGUCUGACUGCAUUAAUUGUCUGAAACAGGCUAGGUGUUGCAUGCACUGUGCUGUUACUUUAGCUCUUCUGUGUACUUGUGAUACAUGCCAGACAGGAAAUUGGGAUAUAUGAGAACUGUCUGCAACAAAAUAAACCAUAACCAAUGAA